AGCAAUACUCAAACAAAGAUGGCGGCGGAGCUCAGGAAAACCUCUCCUGACUCUGUGCCCUGUUCUACCGCCUCUACCCCCAGAUCCCCGCUGCGAUGGGGGCUCCUUCUGCUCGUAUGGGCCCUGGCCGUGGACUCCGCCCGGGCCACGACUCACUGGGUGGUCACGGAGGACGGCAAGAUCCAACAGCAGGUGGACUCCCCUUUAAACCUAAAGCAUCCUCAUGAUGUGGUGAUCUUCAUGAGACAGGAGGCCCGCGUCAACUACCUCAAAAAACUAGAGAAGCAGUUGGUGGCUCAGAAGAUCCACAUUGAGGAAAAUGAGGACAGGGACACAGGGCUGGAGCAAAGACACUACAAGGAGGACGCAGACUGUGUCCUGGCCAAAGUCCCUCUGGGAGACUUGGACCUGUACGAUGGGACCUACAUCUCCCUGGAGAGCAAGCACAUCAGUCCUGAAGAUUAUGUGGACUCCCGCUCAGCUCUACCUCCAGACCUGCAAACUCCAGACUGCACCAAAGUCUUCGAGCUUCCCUACAGUAUCCACGCGUUCCAGCACCUCCGGGGUGUGCAGGAGCGGGCUAACCUCACCUCUCCCCUGCUUUCUAAAGAUGACCCCAUUUUUCACUCUUUAUCGAAAAAGUUGGGCCAUAGUAUAAAUGAGGUGGGCCAUCGCAUCCAUCUUGCGCUGCAGAGGAACUCGUCCUCGUGGGUGCUCUACAACAUGGCGUCGUUCUUCUGGAGGAUAAAGAAUGAACCUCAGAAGGCUGUGGACUGUGUGGUGCGAGCUCUGCACUUCUCUCCCAGACAGCACAAGGAUGUAGCUCUGGUUAACAUGGCGAACAUCCUGCACCGCGCCCACUACUCUGCCGACGCCGCCAUCCUAGCACACGCAGCGCUCGACCUGACCUCUGACCUCUUCACCAGCCACUACACGCUGGGCAACAUCUACGCUAUGCUGGGGGAGUAUAACCAUUCGGUGCUGUGUUAUGAGCAGGCGCUGCAGACCCUGCCCGACUUUGAGCCUGCCAUCAGGAGGAAGCAUGCAGUGCUCUGUCAGCAGAAGCUCGAGCAGCGCCUAGAGGCUCAGCACCGAUCUCUGCAACGAACACUAAAUGAGUUGAAAGAAUACCAGAAGCAACAUGACCAUUACCUCCGCCAGCAGGAGGCGCUAGAUAAACACAAGCUGCUUCAGGAGGAACAGAUCCUGAGGAAUAUUAUCCAUGAGACUCAGAUGGCCAAGGAAGCCCAACUUGGAAAUCAUCAGAUGUGUCGUCUGGGCCAACAGCAGCGCAGUCUCCACUGUCCCUUUGACCUGCCUGUGCGCUACCACAGAGGAGACCUGUUUGAACAUGUGCACUAUGUUCAAUUUGGGGAGGAGGUGUCUGUGGCCUCCAGUGUGGCUCUAGUGUCUGACCACACCUCAAACCAGAGCUCUCCGUCUCCGUGGUUACAUCGCUCUGUCACAAAAGAGCAGGACCCAGCGGCUGCUCUGUGGGGCAAUCACCCUCACCCACAGGACAGUCAGAAAACACUGUGGCCACAGAGAUCAGACUGUGCCACUAAAUACCCAAGUGUGCCCCCUGCUGGAGAACUGCCCACAUUUUACAUUCCUCCUGAAACAUAUGGCCUCAGCCCUGUGGCCAGUGUGCUGUAUGAAGACAGCACCAGUCAGAGCUCCGCUGUCCCAGACUGUGGACCUGUGUUCCAGCCAUACCCCGCUCCCCUCCCUGCCUCUCUGGACUGGCCCCUGGAGGAGAACCAGCUGCCAGAUCCCUAUGCUGCACAGAUAUUACAGCUGCGCAGUGGAGGUUGGACUCUGGAGCAGGUCGGCAACAGAAUCGCCCAAGCUUUAAAAGAAUCUUCAGUCCCACGCUGGCUGCUCCUGAAUGAGGCGGCUUUGUUUUGGCGUGCUAAAGGGAACGGCAGCAGGGCCCUUCAGUGCCUGAGGAAGGUGCUUAGUUCUGCACCCCCGGCUCACCGCUCCCUGGGCCUGACCAGCGCGGCUAACCUGCUGCUCCACCACGGCCUCACCUCCAACGCACACUCACUCCUGGAGCAGUCCCUGGCUCUAAAUGCCUCCGAGCCCCACUCCCUCCUGAGCAUGGUGAUGGUACAUGUCUCCCAGGGGAACAUCACGGGGGCUCUGGAGCUGUUCCGCUCGGCCCUGGACAUGGCCCUCUCCUCUGGCUCCUCUACCUCAGGCUCCUCCCUCUCCUCGUUUUCCUCGUGUGGGCAGUGUGUGUCCAGUCUGCCUCUGCUGCGCUGUCUGCAGUUCUACCCUUUCCUCUACAACCUAUCACACCGCCAGUCCUGCUCUCAGGGAGGGGUGUGCCUAGCGGAGGAGGACCUGGGCAUCCACCUGGAGGAGUGGGAGUCCAGUGAGGAGAGACCAGACACGCAGACCACUGCCGACCUGGAAGACUCUCUGCUUUUUGAAAAAGUCAUCGUGGACAGUAAUGGCUCAGAAGAGGUGGGGCCACCGCAGCAGCAGCCCUCCCCUGGGUUGGGGGCGGUGCCGAUGGGCGGAGUCUCAGAGGGGGAGGAGGAGUGGCAGUUGAAGGAGGAGUUGAUGGGGGCCUUCGAGGGGGCUCUGGACGUGGGCGGUAAACGGAGCGACCUGCGGGGCAUCCGGGUGCUGAAGAACGAGAGGGUGGUGGGCUCCAGGGCCUCGGGGGGACCCUGCUUUGGCAACUGCGAGGACGACGAGGGGGCGGAGUGGAUCACCUUCCAGGUAAAGCGAGUGAAGAAAGCCAAGGCCGAAGGGUCAGAGGUGGUGGGGGGCUUUGACGAGGGGCCCACUUCAGAGGCUGUCCCUGGACAGUCUGUUUUAGAGAUUAGCGGACCCACCAUCCCCUCCCCUGGACCCUCAGGACGCUGGAGGGACUACCACAGUCUGGGCUGGCCUGGUCCAGAGGAGUGCCAGAGGACCCGCAGAGUGGACCUCACCACUGUAGCAAGCACCUGGCUCGCAGUGUCGGCCAAAAAUAUAGAUAUCACGGAGCACAUAGACUUUGCCACCCCCCUCCAGGAGCCCGCUGCAGAGCCCCUCUGCAACGCUAACCUGGCAGCCAGCAUGCACACCCUGGACCACUUGGGUGGAGUGGCCAACCGCGCUGCUAUUCACUACACCGGGGAGAGUCAACUACGAGAGGUGCUGCAGAACUUGGGUAAAGAUAAGUUCCCCCCUCAGUCCUUUGAGCAGGUGGGCACACGCAUCGCUAAAGUCCUGGAAAAGAACCAGACGUCGUGGGUGCUGUCCAGUAUGGCUGCUCUGUACUGGAGGGUCAAAGGUCAAGGCAAAAGAGCCAUAGACUGUCUACGCCAAGCCCUCAACUACGCCCCCCACCACAUGAAGGACGUGCCUCUGAUCAGCCUAGCCAACAUCUUCCAAAACGCUCGUCUGUGGGAGGACGCUCUGACCGUGGCUCGUAUGGCCGUGGAGAUCGCCCCACACUUUGUCGUCAACCACUUCACCCUCGCCAACGUCUACAUAGCAAUGGAGGAGUUUGAGAAGGCCAUGCGCUGGUAUGAGUCCACACUGAAACUGCAGCCCGAGUUUGCUCCUGCCAAAGACCGCCUGAGGACCAUCCAGUGUUACCUGCUCACCAAGAGGGAGCGCCGGCAACCAUAGCCACCGCAACCAACCCCCACCACAGCUCACCCUAGCCCACCCCUCCCCACCCCUCCCCACCCAACCCAAGCCCACCCUAACCCACACCUCCCCUUCCAGUGUUACCUGCUCACCAAGAAGGAGCGCAACCAACCCCACCGGAACCACACCCACCACCGACCAACCCACCACAACCCAGCCCUCACCUGCCCACUCUUCUCCAUCCCACCCGUUCCAACCUCUCUUCCCCUUACCUCACCUCACCCCUCCCCAUGCCGUAACCACAGCCACUCCCACCUCAACCACCCCCACCACCGACCCACCUCAGCGCGGCCCAGCCAAAACCAGAGCCACUCAUCUGUAUAGUGCAUAUCACAUCACUGAAGCUGUCAGAAACGCCCAUCUAAGCUCUUAUCAAAAUGUCUGUGGAACAUUUUAAGUCUCUUUGUUGUCCAAUAGUCUUAAGAACGCCGGGACUUGGUUUUAAUUUUGGUUUUGCUUUUUUUAGAAUGGAUUGAAAGGGAAAAGCAUAAAGCGUAUGUUCAUUUUGAUGGCAGUUGGUGCGAGGUAAUUUUACUGUCUUUUUAUUUGAAAAAUUGAGCCUAGUCGAGGUGUAUGCAAAGAUAAGAUAAUAUUAGCAUAAUACAACCAUAAAUGUAAGUUUCUCCAUACAAUAUUUUAUGUUGUAUUUGAAACGUAGAAUUAAAAAAUAUCCGUUUAAAGAUAGGGCAUUAUACAAAACUGACUUUUUGGCUCUUUUUACCAUGAAGAAUACAAAACAAUACACUACUUCAACCCUGAUUGUGUUGUGAUUGCGUCCUGAAAAAAAAAAAAAAAAACUGUUACAGCGUAGUUAUCUGCAUUUUCAAAGCAAUAAAAGAGAAAGUGUUGAUAUGCCGUAUUUUCCGAACUAUACAUCAUUCCAGAGUAUAAGUCACAGUUUUUGGGGAAAUGUAUUUUAUAAAAUCCAGACCAGGAACCGACAUUUCAUCUUGAAAGGCAAGUUCUAGUAAUAACAAUAGAAGAGAGAACAAUAGGCUGAAUAGGCGUUAUGUUAAUGUCACAUAUUAACAGUUUUUCAGAUAAUUAUAGCAUAAACAACAGAAUAUAAGUUUACCAAACUCACCAUCUCACUCCAAAUCACUAAGUCCAUUGAAUUUUUUUACCUCGGCAGUAGAGAGUGAAGUGACAGUGGUACAGGAGUAAUAGUAGUACUAGAUACUGACACACACGCCUAGAGUGCCCUCUCACGGCUGUCAGUCUGAAAAUUUUAAUAUAGAAGUCGCACCGGAGUGUAAGUCACAGGAAACACCCAAACCAUGAAAAAAGCGUGACUUAUAGUCCAAAAAAUACGGUAAAUGUUAUGUUCCAUAGAAGUCUAAUAACCCUUCUUUAAGUCUAAUUAUAUCAUUUUUGAAAAUUACUUUGAGUUAGAAUGACUUAAAUUCAGAAUACAGCUGAUUUGAGUUGUUUUAUUAGUUUUUCUUCUGGUCAUGUUUUUCGUUUUACUGGAUUCUACUUUUGAUGACUUACCGAGCGCAAUGUUUUCACCCAGAAAUGCCUUGAAACAGGUCAAAUAAAAUGGUUAUACCGGUAAUCUAGUUGACUUAUUGAGUUAAAACAGCUCAAAUGAUGCUUUUAUUCUGAAAUCAAGUCCUUUUAACCCAAUUUUCCUGUUACGACCGUCAUCAAAAUGCACUCAUGCUUCAUGAUAGCUUUGGGAGGGUCUAAUGCACUGAUCAUACACUAUGUUUGGACAGGGUAUGAUGAUUCAGCAUUUCAAUAAUAUAACGGCACUGUCUUUAAGCUUUUAACUGGCAGAGGUUGCCAUGCAGUAUUUUAAGAAUCAUUUCGCUGCUGGGAGAAACAUUCAAUUAAUUAUAUGAAUUCUCACCAUCUCAAAUGUCUUUUCCUAAACUGACCAUUCCUGUGUGGGACCUUGUGUUCAAACUGUAUCUGAUGUAUGCUGCUCCCUGCGCUUGUAAAGGAAUCACACUGCAAAAACUGAUAUUUUUGAGUUAAAAUUACUUGAAUUGCCAAUAUAUCUGGAUUUAAGUAAGGUAAAAUUGCACUUGAAUUUGGAGCUUUACCAAAUAAUUCGAGUAACCGUGACUAAUAACUAAAAGAAGUACACAAAAACACUACAGAUUAUGAUUUUAAAAAGUAUAUUUUAAAGACAGAUCCAGGCUCCAGAUCAGUUCAAACCUACUCAAAUCCAGAUAACUAUUUGUAAUUCAAGUGUUUUCACAUGGAAAUAUUAUUUUUGCAGCGCAGUAGACGGACAGGUCCAUGGAGACUGAGGUUGUAUGUACAGUAUUAAAGAGUGUGUGAUUUUA